AUGGAUAUCAAUGCCUUGCUGUCGCCAUCGGAAUCGCCGGCUAAACAACAACCCUCACCACAGCCGAGACCAAGGGUGCAACCACGUCCCGCCGGUGGCAGACGUACUGCAUCGGGCCUCAGCAAUGAAAUCUCCAUGACUUCGCCGCCGCCUGAGCCACCGCGUUCGGCGCCCACACUAGGACAGGAUUCUACAACCCAACAUCAGAGGAACGCAUAUGCCUCCGCUUACAAUGGCCCCCAGGAUAUGAGGAAUUUCAGGAGCAAUCACGACGCGCCGGAAAUGAGAAAUGCCCAUGGAGCGCCACAGACCUACCGACCACAACUUCAGUAUGUCUCCGGUCGGCACUCGUCGACGCCGCAGAUGGAGACUUUAGCAGGUGCGAUUGUCCCCGUCACAUGA